AUGGACGUAAAAAGGAAGCCAAAAAAGAAAGAAAAUUCAGAGAAAAAGAAGAGCAAUAUCGACCGGUCGUUUAACGAUAGUCCAGUGUUUGCGAUCCACAUGUCACGACUGAAGCACGCGGAUGACAUUUUGAACGUCAAUGUGGGUGGAAAAAGAUAUACGGUGAGUUAAAAUUGCUAUUUACAGAGAUCGGCAAAACUUUCUUUCGAAUUUUAAUGAAAAAAUUGACUUUUAUUUAUUUAAAACGCGUUUUAUUACAAAUCGUAGAUUGGCCCGGACAUUGUUGAGUCGAUGUCUCAGAAUUAAACCAAAAUUGGUCAACUUGAUCGUCAUGACAGACAAAACAUUCGCUUUCUUUAUUUUUGCCCAAAAUUACCGUAUGACGGCAUACUGUAACAUUCUUUCUUAAAAAAGAUGUGCCCUAAUCGAGAAAACGAAGCGUUAUUUUAGCACAAAUCGAGCUCAGUCGUACGUUUUCGACCAUGUAGAACAUUUUUGUAAUUGUCACCAAAAACUAAAAAUUACAUCUAAGCUAUGUUACACAUGAGGUAACAUACUAUUUCGGGUGUAAAAUGGGCUACUGUAGCUUGUAGCACUUUUAGAUACGCUUAAAAAAAACUUCAACCUUAACCCAAUAAACAGUAGAAAUUUUAAAAAAAUAAAAUGCACAACUUUUGAGAUACAGGGAUUUCAAUCUGUCAUGUACAAGGUCAUCAGAACCCCGAAAAAAGCUGGCAUUCUUGGGAUUUCGGGUUGUAGCACUUUUUGAUAGCCUCUAAUACAUUAUUAGCCUUGUAAACGAUGAUGGUGAAAAUUUCAGGCGAAAAAAUGCACAACUUUCGAGAAAAUGACCAAAAUACCUUAUUUUAGGUCAUCAGAACCCCGAAAAAAGCUGGCAUUCUUGGGAUUUCGGGUUGUAGCACUUUUUGAUAGCUUCUAAUACAUUAUUAGCCUUGUAAACGAUGAUGGUGAAAAUUUCAGGCGAAAAAAAUGCACAACUUUCGAGAAAAUGAUCAAAAGACCUUAUUUUAGGUCAUCAGAACCCCGAAAAAAGCUGGCAUUCUUGGGAUUUCGGGUUGUAGCACUUUUUGAUAGCCUCUAAUACAUUAUUAGCCUUGUAAACGAUGAUGGUGAAAAUUUCAGGCGAAAAAAAUGCACAACUUUCGAGAAAAUGAUCAAAAUACCUUAUUUUAGGUCAUCAGAACCCCGAAAAAAGCUGGCAUUCUUGGGAUUUCGGGUUGUAGCACUUUUUGAUAGCUUCUAAUACAUUACUAGCCUUGCAAACGAUGAUGGUGAAAAUUUCAGGCGAAAAAAAUGCACAACUUUCGAGAAAAUGACCAAAAUACCUUAUUUUAGGUCAUCAGAACCCCGAAAAAAGCUGGCAUUCUUGGGAUUUCGGGUUGUAGCACUUUUUGAUAGCCUCUAAUACAUUAUUAGCCUUGUAAACGAUGAUGAUGAAAAUUUCAGGCGAAAAAAAUGCACAACUUUCGAGAAAAUGAUCAAAAGACCUUAUUUUAGGUCAUCAGCAUGUUUCGUCCGGGCAAUGAAACAUCGACUUUACAUUCGUUGACUUAACAUUCGGAUUCUCCCCGGGUCCAAUGUCGAAGACGAAGAAUAAAAUUUUUUAGUCUAUGUUUUGACAAUAUCAUAAAUUUUCGUCACUUUUUUCGGGUGACCUAAAAUAAGGUAUUUUGGUCAUUUUCUCGAAAGUUGUGCAUUUUUUUCGCCUGAAAUUUUCACCAUCAUCGUUUGCAAGGCUAAUAAUGUAUUAGAAGCUAUCAAAAAGUGCUACAACCCGAAAUCCCAAGAAUGCCAGCUUUUUUCGGGGUUCUGAUGACCUAAAAUAAGGUAUUUUGGUCAUUUUCUCGAAAGUUGUGCAUUUUUUUCGCCUGAAAUUUUCAUCAUCAUCGUUUACAAGGCUAAUAAUGUAUUAGAAGCUAUCAAAAAGUGCUACAACCCGAAAUCCCAAGAAUGCCAGCUUUUUUCGGGGUUCUGAUGACCUAAAAUAAGGUAUUUUGGUCAUUUUCUCGAAAGUUGUGCAUUUUUUUCGCCUGAAAUUUUCAUCAUCAUCGUUUACAAGGCUAAUAAUGUAUUAGAAGCUAUCAAAAAGUGCUACAACCCGAAAUCCCAAGAAUGCCAGCUUUUUUCGGGGUUCUGAUGACCUAAAAUAAGGUAUUUUGGUCAUUUUCUCGAAAGUUGUGCAUUUUUUUCGCCUGAAAUUUUCACCAUCAUCGUUUACAAGGCUAAUAAUGUAUUAGAAGCUAUCAAAAAGUGCUACAACCCGAAAUCCCAAGAAUGCCAGCUUUUUUCGGGGUUCUGAUGACCUAAAAUAAGGUAUUUUGGUCAUUUUCUCGAAAGUUGUGCAUUUUUUUCGCCUGAAAUUUUCACCAUCAUCGUUUGCAAGGCUAAUAAUGUAUUAGAAGCUAUCAAAAAGUGCUACAACCCGAAAUCCCAAGAAUGCCAGCUUUUUUCGGGGUUCUGAUGACCUAAAAUAAGGUAUUUUGAUCAUUUUCUCGAAAGUUGUGCAUUUUUUUCGCCUGAAAUUUUCACCAUCAUCGUUUACAAGGCUAAUAAUGUAUUAGAGGCUAUCAAAAAGUGCUACAACCCGAAAUCCCAAGAAUGCCAGCUUUUUUCGGGGUUCUGAUGACCUAAAAUAAGGUCUUUUGAUCAUUUUCUCGAAAGUUGUGCAUUUUUUUUGCCUGAAAUUUUCACCAUCAUCGUUUACAAGGCUAAUAAUGUAUUAGAGGCUAUCAAAAAGUGCUACAACCUGAAAUCCCAAGAAUGCCAGCUUUUUUCGGGGUUCUGAUGACCUUGUACAUGACAGAUUGAAAUCCCUGUAUCUCAAAAGUUGUGCAUUUUAUUUUUUUAAAAUUUCUACUGUUUAUUGGGUUAAGGUUGAAGUUUUUUUAAGCGUAUCUAAAAGUGCUACAAGCUACAGUAGCCCAUUUUACACCCGAAAUAGUAUGUUACCUCAUGUGUAACAUAGCUUAGAUGUAAUUUUUAGUUUUUGGUGACAAUUACAAAAAUGUUCUACAUGGUCGAAAACGUACGACUGAGCUCGAUUUGAGCUAAAAUAACGCUUCGUUUUCUCGAUUAGGGCAUAUCUUUUUUAAGAAAGAAUGUUACAGUAUGCCGUCAUACGGUAAUUUUGGGCAAAAAUAAAGAAAGCGAAUGUUUUGUCUGUCAUGACGAUCAAGUUGACCAAUUUUGGUUUAAUUCUGAGACAUCGAUUUUAACAAUGUCCGCCCCCUGUUAGGCUAAGCUCCAAAGUGUGGCAAAACGCGUUUUAAUUGCAAUAUGUUUCCAGGUCCGCCGUUCCGACCUGAUGGCCGAUCCUCGAAGCAAAUUGGCCGACUGGUUUCGUCCAAAUAAUAAUCGACCAGUUCCAACCGACAAGGGUGGCAAUAUUUAUCUGGACCGCGACGCAAAGACUUUCCGCCAUAUUUUGGCUUAUUUGAGGUUGAAAAAGGACAGAAUUGCACCUACUCUGGCAUUACCGUCAAAGCCGGAUGAUUUGGCAAAGUAAGGAAGUUAACACAUCAUAUUAAAUCGCCACGUAUUUUAAAAUCAACGGGUAUUUUGUUCAUCAAAACUCACCAAAACAAUUGAACUUUUGUUUUCCUUCAAUUUCACCCGCUAAAACUCAAAAAUGUCGAACAACACCUGAAAGGCCGGUGCACUGAACCUGCACAAACCCUUGUUUCGCUGCUCCUUAUACUUUCGCUUCGGCGUAAUCAAUCGAAGCAGCAUUGAAAACGGCUGCAACGAGGCUUAGUCCGAGCAAAGAAUCGAACUCGAUGGUUUUCGCGCGGGAAGUGAACGCACUACCACUAAACUAAAAUGACACAGGCAAAACAAUCUUUGAAAUGAGUCGGAAAGGAAAGAAAAAUAAAGCACAACAUUGCUAAUGUAAAAUACGAUGUUCUUCAUGUUCUUCAAGGAAAAAAUACGAUAAAAUUUUAUAAUUUUUAAAAUCAAGGUUAUUUUUUGAUAUUUUCACUCAAUUUUCAGACUUGUUGCCGAAUGCGAAGCCUUGAAUCUGGCUGAAUUAAAAGAUGAGGCUUUGAAGAUCCUCCAUAAUUACGAAAGAAAUGAGGAACAGCAUUAUGUCGUGACGUAUGUACAAGGCGCUGUCCGCGACUACGAAACUUGGUCGUUUGAAGCCGAAAAUGGCGUCAAUAGCGUGAGUUUUUUAUUUUAUUUAUGACGCAGAGUGAGCCAAGUGCAUUUUUUUCAACGCAUAGGAUAUAUGCUUUAUAAUUUUAAAAAUUAUAAGCGAUUUCAUUGGAGUCAUAACCAAGAUAUUGAACAAUAUUUUUAGAUGAGAGAAAGAGAGGGUAGGUAAAACAAGGAGAGAAAGAAUAGUCGCAUUUUGGCCGUGCUUGAAAAUGCAAAAAAAAAUAUUUUUUAAAAACAGCUGAAAAAAAAUUUUUUAAUUUUUCGACAAGCUUGUAUUCAAAGUUGGGUACUUCAUUUAUAAACCAAUAUUUUUUAAAAGACGAUUUCUGAGUCAGUGCGUCAGCCGUGGACAUAGGAAAAAAUCGAUUUUGAGUUUUUUUCAUUAAAAUGACUGUUGGAAGGUGCUAAGCAAAAGCGAACAAUAUUUUUCCCCAAAACCUUCUUCAAGGUAUAUUUUUUUACAAUUUACUGUUUUAGAAGUAAUCGCCUCCAGCUGUCGUAUCUUACCUUACUGUGCGAUGAUUUGAUGGUUACUGAAGUUUUUGACCCUUGCGGUGACGACGGAAUGAUUAUUUUUCCGAUUUUCCUACUGUAACAUACUGUAAUACCGUAUCGGCCGCUAAAAAAUGGCCGUAAAAUCUUUGUUUCUGAAAACCCACAGCUGAUUUUUUGAUAUGUUAAUCAGCGUAAAAUUCUGCUCUAGACGCAAUCAAAAAAAGUUCAAAAAAGUGAAUGACAAAUUUCGUGGUAUAGUGGUUAGUGGUCGGGACUACCAAUCCAGCCUCCCAGGUUCGAUUCCGGGUGGGUGCAAAUCGCGAAAAAAUACUAGAAAUCGACUUUAAUAUAACAAUCAAAGCUGUUUGAGUGAUACUAAGUGAUUUUGGACAAUAACGGCACCUGUACGUGAGCCCAAAACGGACUUUUUAAAAUUUUUGGGGCUUAAUACGUGAAAAAUAAAACGGCUUCAAACCGGCUGAAAUUGAUACCACUUACUCUAUGGCUAAUUAUAAGAUACUUUUCCGUUAACUUUUUUUGGGAUCUUACUGUAUCGUGGAUUACUGUAACAUGAAACACGUUUCCAUUUUUUUGUAUACCACAUAGCGCAAAGAGCUCGUAUCCCCACCAUUACGUUUAAAAUGAUUAAGAAAGGCUUGGUUUGCGUAGAAAUAUUUUUUAUAUGGUGGUACGACUUGAAACACCUGAGUAAUCUCACGCAGUUUCACCAGUUGUUGAUAACGUCAACACACAUUGGAGACGGAGGGAAAUUUUAAUUUAUACAUCAAGAGUGGAUCUUUGUUUUCUUAUUAAAAUUUCUAACUAAAAAACUAAAAAUUUUGUGCGAGAAUUCUGAAGUAAACCGCGGUUGAGGAGAAUAAGUUUUAUGUUACAGUAAUACACGAUACAGUAAGAUCCCAAAAAAAGUUAACGGGAAAGUGUCUUAUAAUUAGCCCUAGAGUAAGUGGUAUCAAUUUCAGCCGGUUUGAAGCCGUUUUAUUUUUCACGUAUUAAGCCCCAAAAAUUUUAAAAAGUCCGUUUUAGGCUCACAUACAGGUGCCGUUAUUGUCCAAAAUCACUUAGUAUCACUCAAAUAGCUUUGAUUGUUCCAUUAAAGUCGAUUUCUAGUAUUUUUUCGCGAUUUGCACCCACCCGGAAUCGAACCUGGGAGGCUGGAUUGGUAGUCCCGACCACUAACCACUAUACCACGAAAUUUGUCAUUCACUUUUUUGAACUUUUUUUGAUUGCGUCUAGAGCAGAAUUUUACGCUGAUUAACAUAUCAAAAAAUCAGCUGUGGGUUUUCAGAAACAAAGAUUUUACGGCCGUUUUUUAGCGGCCGAUACGGUAUUACGGUAUGUUACAGUAGUAAGAGAUCAAAAAUAAUUCUUCAAGCGUCUUCGCAAGGGUCGAAAACGUUGUAGGCCGCAAAAUUAUUGCAUUUCAAGGUAAGAUACGACAGUUGUAGCCAAUUACUUCAAAAACAGUAAAUAGUAAAAAAUGGUACCUUGUUGAAAGUUUUAGGAAAAAAUAUUGUUCGCUUUUGUUUAGCACCUACCAACAGUCAUUUUGAUGCAAAAAACUCAAAUUCGAUUUUUUCCUAUGUCCACGCCUAACUGGCGGCUGAUUCACUGACUCAGAAAUCGUCUUUUAACAAUAUCCAUAUUUUACGCACGAUUUUUAGGAAGCUGUGAAACGAAUCCGCGAGACCUCCGUCCCAGAAACCAUCGAUCUGCAUAAUAGCGCCUACGAAGAGUGGGAUAAUCUGUGA